AGCUGUAGAAAAAAAAAAGCCUAAUUAUCUAAAAAUCACUAAAUUUUAUAUUUUUUAAUAAUUUUUAUUUUCUUUUUAAAAUAUUAUCCGAUCAGGAGAAGUCGCGGUUUUUGCUGACUGUAUAUAUUUUUUAUUUUAAAAAAAUGAGUCAGUAACAAAUACUGACUCAUCUAAUAAACCUAAACGAACAGUAAAAGAAAACUCUGGAUUCGGCAUUGGAUAAGACGCAGACACAACAAGAUUUCGCAACGCUCUUAGUGUAGGAUUUUGCGACGAACUCAAACAAUAAAUGUCAGCACCAGUAAGAUUGGAAGGAUGAGUUAAUCCAAAAAAAGAACCAUGACCUAGAGAUCUCUUGGAAGCUUUAGACUUCCUUACAGCAACAUGUAACUUCCCAUCGCUACCAAUUUUAGCAUCAGUUUCUAAGAGAUCUCUUCCAUCUAAUGAGACAACAUCAGAAUCCAUUUUAAAUAACACAAUGGAAGCAGCAGUUUCAGGAAAUUGCUCCAUAAUCAACAUUUUAGCACCUCUGUACUGAAAAAAAGAACAACAAAAGCGUGUGCCAAAUAAUACACUGCAAUACCACAACCUGAACCAUAAGGCUAUCAACAUACUUAUCAUACAUAACGAUUAACAAAGGUAUGCCCAUGAUAAAAGUAUUAGGCAGUGGGUCAUCAUUUGCCUGGGUCCCUUCUUCCCUCCCAACCCCUCCUCCCUCAUCACCUUCUUACUACUAUGCACCGCUGGCCAAGUCCCAAAAGUCUCUUCUUGUUGAUCUGAGUCCAUUGAUUUGGAGUGUUUAUAAGGUGUUGCUUGUAUCCUCUUUGAGGGAUUCAUGUACAUGGGUCUGAGAGGAGCGGUGGUGGUUUGGAUUGGAAAGCUAUUGAGAGGAAUUUUACAGAUGAGACUGUUUUUUUUUGAAACCAUGGAUUGUUUUAGGGAUCAGUUAUUGGUUUUUAGAUGAGUCAACAGCUAGCUUUGUUCGGUGGUUUAGGUUUAUUGUAUGAAUCAGCAUCUAUUGCUGACUUAAUUUUCUCAAAUAAUGAAAAAGAAUAAGUAUUUUGUGGUUGAAUAGUAUUUUUUUAAAAAAUAAAAAAUAAAAAAGUAAAAUUUGCUGUGAAAAAAUAGAUAUUACUAAUUAAAAUUGUUAAAAGAUGUAAAGUUGUGUUUUUUAAGUAACGAGGCCAAAAAGAAAACUCACUUGAGACUUCCCCUCCCUUGCUCCUCUAAAACUCAAAAGCUUUCCCUCUCACUCUCUUCUACUAAAAUGAGGAAGAAACGAAGGGUUCCAGUAGUGCUAUGGAGGCUAUUUGGGGACAGAGCACUGACUCUAUCAGCCACAAUCACAUCUUUCAUUCCACAAUCACACCCCACCUCAUUUCUCCUCCAACAACCCCGUGAUCCUUCUGAUUACAUUAAGCUUCUUAAUCAUUCCUAUGUCGUUUUAGACUCCAAUGCGCCUCCUUUUGCCGCCGCUAAAUUCCCUCCGAGUAAUCAUUGGCCGCAACAUGAGAUUGUGGUAAGGACUAUUGAAAUGAUGGUGAGAGAGCAAUCAACGGUCUUUAAUAAUGUAUUAUGUAGUGCUUAUGACAAGUGUAAUCAUUCAAGCCCCAUUGUGGAGCUUCUGACUUCAUCAGCAUGGAGUCUUCUGCUAGAAAGGAUUGGAGAUGAUACCAUGGUUUACCUUCUAAAGCAUACUUCGAUAUUUUUGCCACUUCCUCCCAAGAAACACUGCCAGGUGGCUGGUCCACCUGUUAAUAGUUUGGCCCUUAAGUUGAUGAAGAAUAAAGCAGAGCCACGGCAUCAAGAUCCUUUGGUCAACCAUUUUGGACACAAGAAGAAGAGGGAUAGGGUUGAUGAUGCUAACUCAUUGUCAGAUGUGCAGCAAUUCAAUCCUCUCUGUGUUAUGGGUUGUGUAGGCUGUGUUAGUUGCAGUGGCAGUUUUAUAAAGCCUUCUGGCAGUCAUCUUUGUAAUAACAAGGGCCAGAUCGAUGUCCUUCAAGCAGCUGCACCAAUGUAUGAAGUGCAUUUAAAUGAGGAACUAGUGAAUAUGAGAAAGCGUUCAAGACCUUUUAAGUGGGAGCGCUGCAAAAAGCGUAAGCAUUCAGAUAUUAGUGAAAGCAGUAGUACACCUAUCAGCAGGCAUCCUGUUAAUAGAUGUUGUCAGAUGAGUAUUCUUGAAGCAGCUUCACCAACAACUGGAGCUUGUACUGUGAAUUAUGAAGGGUUCCCAAUUGAAAAAUUACCCGGCUUAAAUCAGGUUAUGGCAAAGGCAAAGCACAAAAAGCAUUCAAGAUUGUUUAGGUGGCAGCGCAAUAAAAAGCGCAGGCAUUCAGAUGUUGAAGAAGCCAGUGCUACUACCUCUUACUUGAUGAACUGUAUUGAUGAAGAUACUGCACCGGAAAGACUUCAGUCUGACCUUAAUAACAUUAAAAUUCAUUCCCCCGACAAGAUGCCCCAACAAUGCCCUUGUUGUCUUGUAUUGCAAGAUGCCCUUUUAGUUACUAAAGGUGCACAGAUUAAUAGGCAACCUAUAUUUUAUAGUUCGGAACGCUCUUCAUCAGUUCUCCCACGAAAACAUCUAUUAAAUUCCUUGAAGCCAAAUUUUUCUGGUUCAAAGACUCUUUUCGGUAGUAUUUUUGGCUUAUCCAAUGUAAAUGCAAGGGCUCCAUCAGUGCUAUGCUCCCACAGCAGUAGCUUCUGUCUUCUUGGUUCGGCAUGCCUGUAUCAUUCACUUAUUAAAUUCCUAAAGACUCUUAUACGCCGAAAUCGUUGCUGCAAGCAUUUGCACUUGUUGGAUAAGCAUUGCGCUGUUCCGUCAUUGACUCAGGCGAUGAAUCAAAAUAUGAGCUCAUUGUUUGAGGAGAAUGAUUCAGAGAGCGUGGUAACUAAGAAAUCCCGUACGGUUAGUAUUGAGCAUUGCAAUAGAACUCUAACAUCUGAGAAUCCCCAGACUGGGGCAAUUAGGUCAUACUGCUCGAAAAGUCAAGUGGUUUCAUUCAUAUGGGCUGUUUGUAGAAGUUUAGUUCCUCCAGAUUUGUUAGGUGCUCCCUCCAACUGGAGAAUCUUAAGGAGAAAUAUUUCCAAGUUCAUUCAGCUACGAAGAUUUGAAAAGUUUUCAUUAGUCCAGUGUAUAUAUAAGUUGAAGAUAUCAGGGUUCCCAUUUCUUUCUGAUAAGCACUCUUUGUGUUGCUUGAAUGCUAGGAUGUUAAAUAAUGUGCCAGAGGGACAAUGUAAAUCGAAUGAGGCUGCAAGUAAUUUGAAACAUAUGCUUUUAGAGAAAUGGAUAUUCUGGUUUUUCUCAUUUUUGGUUGUGCCACUCCUUCAAGCUAACUUCUAUGUCACUGAAAGUGAGCAUGGCAAACAAGAUGUCUUUUACUAUCGGAAGCCAAUUUGGGAGAAGUUGAAAAAUACAACCAUUGCUGGCUUGAAAGACCAGAACUACCAGCAUUUAGAUCCCAGUGAGGUUAAAAGUAUUAUAGGCAAUAGAUUAUUUGGAUUCUCAAAGCUCAGACUUCGCCCAAAAGAGAAUGGAGCAAGGAUGCUUGUAAAUCUCAAAGCACCAUCAAGAAUGCUCGUUCAAGAAUCCUCUUCCACAGGAAUACCUGGAAAAGCACAGUUUGGUUCUAAAUCAGUUAAAUAUAAGCAUUUCAAGCCUGUGAAUUAUGUUCUUCGUGAUACGUAUGCUGUUCUAAAAGGUAUACUGGUAAAAGAACCAGAGAAGUUAGGGUCAUCAGUUUUUGACUAUAAUGAUAUCUAUAGAAAGUUAGGCCUGUUUAUUAUUGACCUGAAGAAUGGAUUGAGUACCAUUCCCAAUGUAUACAUUGUUGUUUCUGAUGUAUCAAAGGCAUUUGAUUCUGUUAAUCAGGAUCAGCUGCUUAGUGUAAUGAAAGACAUUUUACAUGAGAAUGAAUAUCUUCUACAACAGUCUUCUCAAGUUGUCUGCACCAAGAAAUCUUUGUGGGUUCAUGAGAAUCUUACAUUAAUGGAUUCAGAAAUUGGUGCUGGUUUUACAAAAAAGAGUUCUUCUGGGCGCUUUGGGUCAUUGCAUAGUGUGCUCAUUAAUCAGGGGUUAGGUAGGUAUAUGAAGAAGAAAGAGAUUCUUUUCAACCUAUAUGAGCAUGUGAAGUGUAAUGUGCUGCAGUUAGAUAAAACAUUUUACUUGCAAGGCAUAGGUAUACCUCAAGGAAGUGUUUUGUCUUCUCUGCUGUGCUCAGUAUACUAUGGUCACCUUGAAAGAAAUGUGCUCUUUCCAUUUAUUGAAAUAACUCGUGGACCAACUGUUGAAGAUUUAUCUAGAAGAUGCAACAGUUGGGAUUCUUCUGCUGCAGGAAAUAGCAGUGAGGAUAGACUUGGUUCAUCUCCUUAUAUCCUUCUCAGAUUGAUUGAUGACUUGUGCUUCAUAUCAACCUCAAAGAAGCAAGCUGAGAGCUUUUACACCAGGUUACUGAGAGGUUUCCGGGAUUACAACUGCUAUAUGAAUGAAGAAAAAUUUUGUCUUAGUUUUCAUUCUGGACAUGAACUAGCACUUCCAUCAAAUAGGGUUUAUAUUGGUGAAGAUGGUAUCUCAUUUCUUAGAUGGAGUGGAUUGCUUUUAAAUUCUUGCACUUUAGAAGUUCAGGCUGACUACACAAGAUAUCUGAACAACCAUUUGAGGUCGACUCUGAACGUGUCCUGGCAAGGUAAACCUGGUCGCCAUCUGAAGGCAAAGUUGUCUGCCUUCAUGAGACCAAAGUGCCAUCCCAUAUUCUUCGAUUCAAAUAUUAACACAGGGCCUGUUGUUAGAUUAAAUAUCUAUCAAGCAUUUUUGUUAUGCGCAAUGAAGUUCCAUUGUUAUGUUUCUGAGAUGUACAUCUGCAAACUACGCCCAGGAUUCCAUUUAAAGAUCAUCAAAAGGUCCUUCAGGUAUAUGUACGCACUUAUAAAGAAAAUGAUGUAUUCUGCACGCACUGGCUCCCAUUUCCAUCCAAUUCUUCAACUGGAGGCGAGAGAAGUUGAAUGGCUUGGGUUAAAUGCUUUUGUCAAAGUGUUGAAGAGAAAACAAUCUCGGCACAAAGAGUUGCUGCAUUUGUUAAAGUUGAAGUUGUUAGCCCAUGAAAUAAAUGGGAAUGUGUCUUCUCAACUUGAGUAUGCAGUUGAUAGCUCACAUUCCUCUGUAAUGUGGAAGAUCAAAUAUUAGAUGCUAGUGUGUAACAUAUAUGUAUAGACAUGGUGAUUGACUUGAUCCUUCUACUUUUGACAUCACAUUUUGCUCUCCAGAGUUUCACCUGAAAAAGAAAAGAAAAGCCACCUUGAGUUGGCCUACCUCUAUUUCUUCUUCGCCCUUUUUUGUUUGGGUUGCAGUGGGAGUGUAUUAAUGGUAGUAUUACUAGCUAAACAGAAAGUUAUUAAUGUUUAGAGAAAGUGUUUCCCUCUUAA